ACAACAGCUCCAUCAACAUUUACAACAACUGCAUCUUCUAUGAGCACAACCACAACAGAAUCAUCUACAAGUGAAAGUGAUUCAACACUGGGAACAACAUCAUUCCCAACAGAUUCGACAAUUGGAACAACUUCAUACACAACAGAAUCUAUGCCAUCUACAGCUGCAUAUUCUAUGACUACAACCACAGUAGAUUCUUCUACAAGUGAAAGUGAUUCAACAUUUGGAACAACUUCAUUCCCAACAGAUUCUAUUCCAUCUUCACCAUAUUCUACAACUGAAGGACAGACAACGUCAGAAUACACCUCAGCUACAUCAGAGAUAUCCUCAUCUAGUGUAGAACAAACAACAAGCCAGCAGGAUUCGACAAUUGGAACAACUUCAUACACAACAGAAUCUACGCCAUCUUCACCAUCGUCUACAACAAUCAGACAAACAACAGCAGAAAUCACUUCAUUUACAACGGAGACUUGCUCAUCUAAUGUAGAACAAACAACAAGGCAGCAAUUCUAUUCCAUCUUCACCAUAUUCUACAACUGA